UGCCGGCGUCACGUUUUUUAACCUGUUCCAGGGGAUGUGUCUGGAGGAGCAUGGCGUUACCGUGGAGCCACUGUUGGAGGUGGGCUACAGGCUCGACCCGUACGAGUUUACUAGAAACCAUAUGCUGUUUUAAUGGAGGUUCUGCUACCUCGUUGCUCCGAGGAACUGGAACCGCGACUGGCUCGGGAAAUGAGGGGCUGUCCUCAAGGACUGUACACACAACCUCACUAGGCAACUCUAUUCUGACAAGGCACACAUCAAGGUUGCUUUACCCUACACCGAAGCCUUGUUACUGCAAAAGGAUCCACAGCGAUGCCAAGUUGGAGGACCCCUUCACUCUAGCCCAAAAAGACUUGAAUAAUUUGUAUGACGAUAUCAAGAAGGAACUAUUUGUGUCCAAAUCAGAGCUGAAGUCCAUAUGUGACUACUAUUUUGACGGGAAGGGCAAGGCUUUCCGACCCAUGAUAGUGGUGCUAAUGGCCCGGGCCUGCAAUAGUCACAGCAGCCGAGACGGAGAUCUGCUCCCAGGUCAGCGAUCCAUAGCUAUGAUCUCUGAGAUGAUCCACACUGCCAGCCUGGUCCACGAUGACGUCAUUGACGGCUCGGACAAGCGCAGGGGGAAGACCACUAUCAACGAAGUGUGGGGCGAGAGAAAGGCCAUUUUAGCUGGAGACUUCAUCCUCUCGGCAGCCUCCGUGGCUCUGGCCCGUAUCGGGAACAACACAGUGGUGUCAGUCCUGUCUCAGGUCACGGAGGAUCUGGUGCGAGGUGAAUUCAUGCAGCUGGGCUCCAAAGAGAACGAGGAGGAGAGAUUCAAACACUACCUCGACAAGACGUUUAAGAAGACUGCCAGUCUCAUCGCCAACAGUUGUAAAGCUGUAUCCAUUCUAGUGAACUCCGAUCCAGAGGUUCAUGAAAUAGCCUUUCAGUAUGGGAGGAACGUUGGCAUCGCCUUCCAGCUGGUGGAUGAUGUGCUUGACUUCACAGCGUGUGCCAGCCAACUAGGAAAGCCUUCAGCUACAGACCUCAAGCUGGGUCUGGCCACCGGACCUGUCCUGUUUGCCUGCCAACAGUUUCCUGAGCUGCAAGGUAUGAUCAUGAGGCGGUUCAGCUCCAGUGGAGAUGUCGCUCGUGCCUGGCAGUAUGUCCAGGAGAGUGAGGGUGUGGAUCAGACCAACUACCUGGCCCAGCACUACUGCCAAGAGGCGAUCCGGCAGAUCAGCUUGCUCAGGCCCUCUCUGGAGCGGGACGCCCUUAUCAGUCUCACCCAGAUGGUCCUUACCCGUGACAAGUGAGACCCCACUCGUCACUUCAGGCAGCUACUUGUACCUGUGGAAGGCCACCCCAUUGGGGGGGGGGGAGAUGGUGAUGGGUGGUUGUUUCAUCAGUGAUAUUCACAGUGGGUCCUGAUGGAGCACUGUUUAUGCAGUUUAUUUUUUUUAUUAACUAAGAUAAAGGUGGAACUAAACUGUGCAUACACAGGUUCUUCAGGACUGAGUUCUGAGAUGCACAGCACCUAUGUCUUCUUCCUUUCCUCUGGGGAAAACACUGAAGGGGUCACAGAACAAAGAAUGUUAUUGACGUCAGGGGUUUUCAAUGCCGGUCGUGCAGGAACCCUCCCUCCCCUCCUGAAAAAAAAAGGUUUCUGAACCAACCCCCACCUUUUCUUCAAAGCGAUUUAAAAUGGCAUGUCAGUGAGGAUUUGACACAGACCAUCCAAGAUCAUUGUUAAAAAAAUCACUGAGUUAUCAAAUGUUCAUUGUGUACUGAAACUGCAGCCCCCCCCCGUUGAACUGGCAGAUUGUAUUUGGUCAUCAAUGGCAGUUGACAUUGCUCUCAAGUUUUGGGACGGAAUGGCCACUGCAGAAUAAUUUUCAUUCCACGAUGAGACCGAAGAUGUUGUCUCAUUGUGUGUGUGUGUGUGUGUGUGUGUGAAGACAUUGCUCGAAGAUCUGUCCGUACCGCACAAAUGCCAAACUUUUGCCAUGGUGACUCGUACCAAUUUUUAGAGAUGCUUCCUGUAUCGAGGCCUUAACAUCCACAAUCACUGUACUGAAAUUAAAACACAUUUAUUUAUUUUUGAA